AUGUAUGUCGCGCCCCUCCCAUGGAGACCCUUCAACUCCGCCCCCGUGCUGUCGUCAGGAAGACGGCCUCGAGCAUCAGCUUGGCCUCCAGAGACGAGACUACUGACUCGGCGCGCUUCUCUAGGAAGUUCGGCAAGCACAUCCAGAAGCGGCAACUCGAGAUUCCAGAGUAUGCCGCCAGCUUCGUCGACUACAAGGCACUCAAGAAGCUCAUCAAGAAGCUCAGUAGUACGCCCGUGAUACCUGCCCUCGGCGACAGUAGCUAUGGACACGAGACACUAGAUCCACAAACGUCAUUGCAGGCGAACAAGGCCACCUUUUUCUUCCGAGUGGAGCGCGAGUUGGAGAAGGUCAACACCUUCUACCUACAGAAAGAGGCCGAGUUGCGUCUGCGGCUAACCACCCUGCUGGACAAGAAGCGGGUCAUGCAGCAGCAUCCACAAUCCGUCUCCAAGACAUCUUCGCGUUACGUUGCGCUCGAAGAAGGCCUAAAGCAGUUUAGCACAGAUCUCAACAAGCUGGAGCAAUUUGUCGAAGUGAACGAGACUGCCUUCUCAAAGAUCCUGAAGAAGUGGGACAAAACAUCAAAGUCUCGAGAAAAGCAGCUCUAUCUGUCCAGGGCUGUGGAGGUGCAGCCAUGCUUCAACCGCGAAGUCAUCAGCACCCUGUCCGAUCAAGCGACACAAGCAAUUCUCGACUUCUCUGGGUGGGCAGAGGGCGAAGGAGUACACGCACCACAACCGACCGCGGAGCCAAGAAUAUUCGAACCUCUCAUCGAGGCGAAUCUCGAGCUCGACAACCAGUUCAUCCAAGCUAUCAAUCUGUCCAACACAGCGAAGAUUCAAGAAUGCCUCACUCGAUUGUCGAACCUACCCGACGCAAGGGAGCACGUCUCGCGGGCCUUCCUGAGCACAGUAGCAGAGGCGCCGGAAGCAGCGUUGCAAAUCGUGCUCAGCUCAAAUCUUGUCAACCUGAACCAAGAGGAUGAGAUCAAUGAGCGCAACUGCCUUCACAAAGCGGCUAUCAGUGGACGGCUCGAGAUUGUCCGUCUCGGUCUGUCGAGUAAUAUUGACGUACACGCAACAGACGUGUACGGGCGGAUACCUCUGCACUACGCGUCUAUGCACGGUUACGUCGAGCUUGUCCAAGCAUUGAUUGACGCCGCUCCGGACACGGUAAACUUCCGCGACCAGGACAGCUUCACACCACUGAUUCACGCAAUUGUGCGCUCACAGCUACCAUGUGUGCAAAUACUCCUGGCGAGAGGCGCUGAUAUGAGUCGCAUCGGUCCGGGCGAGCACAUCCCGCUGAAUCUUUGUUGUCAGUACGCCUCGCUGGACAUUAUGGAGCUGCUCCUCCAGCGGUCAGGCGAGAUGCUUCCAGAUGCGGAGGGUUUGUAUCCACAACAUCUUGUAGCUCGCUCCGGGAAGACGCCCCAGAUGCUACUUUUGCUACAGAAAUAUGGAGCCGAUCUGAACCAGCCGGAUAAACUCUAUCAGUGGACGCCACUGUUCCACGCAGCAAGCGAAGGGCAUGUGGAGUGUCUCAAGACGCUGCUCGAAUGCCGAGUGGACGUGGACAUUGUGGAUGAGAAGAGCUUGUCCGCCAUGUACUACGCAACCUGGGAAGGGCAUCUGGAAUGCAUGAGGCUCCUCGCAUCUGUGGGUCGCGGAGUGGGCUUGAAGACACAGAACCAGGUGUCGCCGCGAAUAGACACUCUACAGCCGAUGUCCAGUUCAGCACCUGGUCCAAUGGACCUCGAGUUGGGCGAUCCAGACGGUAUCCCCGAGUUCAUCCUCCCACCACCGAUAAUACCCUUCCGCAGGUACGGCCAUAACUUCCUGGACACGAAGACGUUCGUAGUGAUCAGCUUUGAGAAGGCUGGGAAGGACGCGAUACGGUUCUACAACGAUCAAAAGUACCCAGCAGCACGGCUCACAAUAUCGUCGAAGAGCUCCGACCUCAUACCCAGAAACAUACUCCUACCCGUUCAGGACGAGUUCAAGGUGAUUUCGUUCCAGAUUGAAAACCUGGAGGCGUUCUCCAUUGACUUUGAUGUGUAUCCGACGAUUGGAUCAAAGGUCAUUGCGCGUAGUGUAGCCUCUCGCAAGGUUUUCACGGAACGAUCGAAGAGCACUGGGAGAUGGCAUUUGGAGCUCUUCGAUCCUCGGUUACGAGCCAUUGGACAGAUCGCGUUUGACUUCCAGGUUGUCAAGCCUUUCCACGGCAUCCCAUUGGAGAUCACGCACUUUGCUACUUACUGGAAGGCUACCAGCCAGGAUGACAACCAACCUCACACCCUGAUCACCGGCUCGAGUCUGUCUGGUGAAUACGUGCGCCUAUUUGUGCAGCUCACAGCCGAUGGGGUUCCGGUGCUGUAUCCGAGGUGGAAGAUCAAUCACGCGGGUCUGGAGGUACCAGUCAAUAUCCUCACCUACUCACAGCUCGCGGCCAUUGGCGCACAACAAAACGCAACGACGGCGGCCCAGCUUUCGGGCUUGAAAAAUGCCACUCCCAACGACAUCUCUCACAUAUACCAGGCACUGGCAUCGUCCUUUAUCACCCUGAAGGAGGCGCUGGCUCUGCUACCCGCCCACAUCCACGUGGAAUUGCAUGUGCUGUUCCCGUCGAGACUCGAUGAGGAACGACUCAAGCUUGGCCCUACACAUGAUAUGAACGAGUUUGCGGACAAGAUCCUGUCCGAUGUGUUUGAGCAUGCCAGAGCACUCCGGGAGCGGGGUGCAGGCGAGAUUGACGGCACGCUACGAAGUGUGGUGUUUACUUCCUUCAACCAGGACAUCUGCACGGUCAUCAACUGGAAGCAGCCCAACUAUCCGGUAUUCCUGUGCAACGAGCUCGGUGCAGACAGCGCGCAGUCCCCCUCCGGCCGAACACAUACGAUACAGAGCAGCGGCCGCACGACGAUAUCGGUCAAGGAGGCGGUACAGAUUGCGCGGGAUAAUAAUUUCAUGGGUCUGAUUUGCAGCUCGCGCCUGCUCGACCUCGCUCCAGCGCUGAUCGAGUCGAUCAAGACGGCGGGCCUCGUGCUCGUUUCGGACAUUACCGACUCGGUUGUGGACAACGGGACGGCAGGGAACCUGCACGUCGCGCAGCCCAGGAGACACAAGACGCCGGAUGGGGUUGAUGGGUUUUUGAGGGGGAACGGGGUGCUUUGCUUCAACGAGACGGUGGACAUGUAGGUAUGUCGGAUCGUCGAGAGAUCGUCGAGAGGAGCUGCAGGCUGUGAGGAACGAGGCUUCAGGUGAGGAACGGAGCUUCAGGUGAGGAACGGAGCUUCAGGUGAGAAACGGGGCUUCAGGUGAGAAACGGGGCUUCAGGUGAGAAACGGGGCUUCAGGUGAGAAACGGGGCUUCAGGUGAGAAACGGGGCUUCAGGUGAGAAACGGGGCUUCAGGUGAGAAACGGGGCUUCAGGUGAGAAACGGGGCUUCAGGUGUUGACACAGGGCGGAGCAUGGUAGAGUCAAGCUUUGUUCGUUGUUGGAAAGAACAAAACCACGGUGUCCAGGGCUGUUGCGCGGAUCACGAAAACGACACGAUAUACUCGGAGCAUGACGAUAAUUCCAUGUGCAGAGGAGGGCGGUACUUGUGCGAAUUUCUUACGUUGGACGGCAUACACAUACCUUGGCGAUGGUGAGACGGAUGAGCGUCAACGAACGAUAGCAGUGCUCGUCUGGAUGAUGAUGAUGAUGAUGAUGUCAUGUGAGGCGUUGACUAGCCACGCCACACGCGCCCGGGAGUCUGGAUGCAGGGAACCCCAAUCCGCGAUAGCGGCUCUGCCACCGAGAAAAUCGUCGGAGCACUUGGGACUUGCAUCGCGGCCGUCCAUCGCCGCCCACGCCCACGCCCACGCCCACGUCGACAUCUUGGCCUCUCUGGCUUUCUCUCUCCGCGUGUGAAUCCGCGCGCCGUAGCGAAUCCUUGUAAACCUCUUAUUCUUAUUUUUAUUUUCAUUUCGUUUUUGUUCUUUUGAACACGUCGCUUUUUAUCGGUCGAGAUAGCAUGGCUGGCUGAUGGCUUCUGCCAACUUGAUUCCCUUGUUUCGCCGCGGCGCAUCGCUGCCGUGGACGUGCCGUGCUUGCUGUCUGAGGUUUCAGCGGCAGUCGCUUGGGCUGCGGCGGGAUGCGUUUGCGAGUCAGGCGGUGCGGAGGGAUGGGCUGACGGUGGGGAGGGAUGGGGAGACGGCGGGGAAGGAUGGGUGGACGGAGGGGGAGAAUAGGCAGACGGAGGGGGGGAGCAGGCAGACGGAGGGGAAGAGCAGGCAGACGGAGGGGAAGAGCAGGCAGACGGAGGGGAAGAGUGGCAAAAGACGGGGGAGACUGCUGGUGCUGGGUGGAGGCGUGGCCGUCGGUGGUGCCGUCGUGACGCUCAACGACGACGCGAAGCAUGCGUGGUCGGCGGCGCAGAGGACGUACAGGGUCGCGGCUACGCUGGCACUGAACAUCAAGGAGUACGAGCUGGCCUGGCGUCUCUGCUGUUGACACGGACUGACCAUGGGACAGCUACCGCGACACGCUCAAGCGCGACUCGGACGCCGACUACGCGGAGCAGCUCAAGGCAUGCCACCUGCGCUGCGCCAAGCGCACGCUGCGCACGCUGGAGCGCAACGGGUCCAUCUUCAUCAAGCUGGGCCAGCACCUCAGCAGCAUGAACUACCUGCUGCCCAGCGAGUGGUGCGACACCUUCAUCCCGCUGCAGGACCAGUGCCCCGUCUCGUCGCUCGCGUCGAUCCAGGACAUGGUGCGCAGAGACACGGGCCGCGAGCUGUGCGACUUCUUCUCCGAGUUCGACGAGCGGCCCAUCGGGGCAGCCUCGCUCGCGCAGGUGCACCGCGCGAGGGUGCGCGAGACGGGCCAGCAGGUGGCCGUCAAGGUGCAGCACCCGGGGCUCGACGAGUGGGCCAAGCUCGACCUCGCCCUGACGUCCUUUACCUUCCAGACGCUCAAGCGCUGGUUCCCCGAGUACGACCUGACGUGGCUGUCCGAGGAGAUGGAGGCGUCGCUGCCGCAGGAGCUCGACUUUGCGCUCGAGGGCCGCAACGCCAUGCGGGCGCGCGCCUACUUUUCCCACGUGCCCUCGUUGCCCGUCGUCAUCCCGCAGGUGCUGUGGGCGAAGCGGCGGAUCCUCGUCAUGGAGUUCAUCUCGGGCGCGCGGCCCGACGACCUGGGGUACCUGGAGAGGCACGGCAUCGACCGCGACGAGGUGAGCGCGGCGCUGGCGCGCAUCUUCAACGAGAUGAUCUUCGGCCGCGACGCGCCGCUGCACUGCGAUCCGCACGGCGGCAACAUAGCCAUCCGGCACAACGCGUCGCGGUGGGGCAAGGCCAACUUCGACGUGGUCCUGUACGACCACGGGCUGUACCGCGACAUAGCGAUGCCGCUGCGGCGGGCGUACGCCAAGCUGUGGCUCGCGGUGCUGGACGGCGACGAGGCGCGGAUGCGGCAGUACGCCUACGAGACGGCGGGCAUCGGCGACGAGCACUUUCCGCUGUUCGCCUCGGCCAUCACAGGGCGCGACUACACCGUCCUGACACGGAAAGAGGGCGGCGGGGUGGCCAGCAGCCGGACCAGGGCGGAGAAGAAGGUGAUUGGCGAGGCGCUGGGCGAGGGGCUGUUGGAGAAACUCAUCCAGCUCCUCGGCCAAGUGCCGCGGGUGAUGCUGCUGAUUCUCAAAACCAACGAUUUGAGUACGUCUGUUUUUGUCUCUUGUUUUGUUUCUCUUUGUUUUUGUUUUUGUUUUUGUUUCUGUUUUUCGUUUCUCUUCGUCUCUCCUCUUCUCUCCUCGUCUCUCCUCUCUCCUCGUCUCUCCUCUCUCCUCGUCUCUCCUCUCUCCUCGUCUCUCCUCUCUCCUCGUCUCUCCUCUCUCCUCGUCUCUCCUCUCUCCUCGUCUCUCCUCUCUCCUCGUCUCUCCUCUCUCCUCGUCUCUCCUCUCUCCUCGUCUCUCCUCUCUCCUCGUCUCUCCUCUCUCCUCGUCUCUCCUCUCUCCUCGUCUCUCCUCUCUCCUCGUCUCUCCUCUCUCCUCGUCUCUCCUCUCUCCUCGUCUCUCCUCUCUCCUCGUCUCUCCUCUCUCCUCGUCUCUCCUCUCUCCUCGUCUCUCCUCUCUCCUCGUCUCUCCUCUCUCCUCGUCUCUCCUCUUCUCUCCUCUUCUCCACAACGACUAACCCCUCGCACAGCACGCAGCCUGGACGAGAACCUGCAGACGAGGCGCGGCCCCCUGCGCACGUUCCUCAUCCUCGCGCGCUACGCCAGCCGGGCGGUGUACGAGGAGUGCGUGGAGGAGAUCGCUAGGCGCGGCAGCUUCCUCUGGCCCAGCAACCUGCUCGCGUGGCUGAGGGCGUGGGGCAGGCACUUUGGGGUCGAGGUCAGGCUCGAGGCGUAUGAGGCGCUGCUGCGGGCAAGGGCGCUGGUGGGGAUGAGGCCGGUCGGUGGUGGGGUGGAUGGUUUUCGCGAGUAG